AUGGAACCAAUCGAUGAUUAUGUAUUAGUUACAGGUGGAGCCGGAUAUAUUGGCAGUCAUACAGUGAUUGAAAUGAUUAAUGCUGGAUAUACUCCCAUCAUCAUUGACAAUCUCUCCAACUCGUCGAGGGAGAGUUUGAAGCGUGUCGAACAAAUCACCAAGAAACAUAUCGAGUUCCACGAAUGCGAUAUCCUCGACGAAAAAGGACUGGAAGAGAUCUUUGAGACGCGUCCCAUCACCAAGGUAAUCCAUUUUGCCGGUCUCAAAGCUGUUGGUGAGUCGUCGUCUGUGCCACUCAAGUACUAUGAGAACAACAUCACUGGCACCCUCGUCCUACUCAAGGUGAUGAACAAGUUUAAUUGCAAAAACAUUGUCUUUUCCUCGUCGGCCACUGUCUAUGGAGAUGCCAAGACCGUUCCCAUCCAAGAAGACUCACCACUAUCUGCCACCAAUCCGUACGGCAAGACCAAGUUAUACAUCGAGGAGAUUCUCAGAGACCUCAGUUUCAGUGACCCCCAAUGGAACUGUAUUCUCUUGCGUUACUUUAAUCCAGUCGGUGCUCAUCCAAGUGGUUUGAUCGGUGAAGAUCCAAGAGACAUUCCCAACAACCUCAUGCCAUACAUCACCCAAACUGCCAUUGGCAAGAGAAAAAUCCUCAGCAUCUUUGGUAAUGACUACAAUACUCCAGAUGGUACUGGUGUUCGUGACUAUAUUCAUGUAGUUGAUCUUGCAAAAGGUCAUAUUGCUGCUUUAAAUCAUAUAGCCAAAAAACCAAGAAUGGUAGCAUACAAUUUGGGUACAGGUCGUGGAUAUUCUGUAUUGGAGAUGAUCGAUGCUAUUGAAAAGGCAUCUGGUAAAACGGUACCAUACCAAGUUGUAGAGAGAAGAAAGGGAGAUGUUGGAAACUCUUAUGCCGAUGCUUCCAAAGCAUUUACUGAAUUGGGUUGGAAAGCAACUUACAAUCAAUUGGAUAUGUGUGCUCAUGCUUGGAAAUGGCAAUCUGAAAAUCCAAAUGGUUAUAGUCCAUUAGAACAAUAA